UUGCGCGCGCGCGCCUGUGUUUGUGUGCGAGAGAAAGAGAGAGACAGAAAGAGAGCGAGAGAGAGCGAGAGAGAGAGAGGGAGAUAAAAUGAGAGCUAGAAGACGAAGCAAGCACGAAGCAGAGGAUGGUUGAACCGGAAGAGGGAUGCGGAGAUACGAUAGAAGAAUGAAUGCAUCGGAACACGAGAUGGAAGCACUGAAUUUCUAAGGAGAAAGAAAGACAGCAGACAAAAAGAGAAGACUGCACUUAGGUGCAGCUUGAUACGUACGAUUAUGACAAUUCACAAUUUGUAUAUAUUUUCAAGAAAUGGCUUGUUAUUGUAUUAUGCUGAAUGGAAUAGACUGAAUAAAUCGGGAAUUACAAAAGAAGAGGAAGCAAAGCUGAUGUAUGGAAUGUUAUUCUCUAUAAAGUCUUUUGUAAGUAAAAUAUCACCGUUGGAUCCAAAGGAAGGAUUUUUGUAUUAUAAAACAAGUAAAUAUACUCUACAUUAUUUUGAAACACCAUCUGGCUUAAAGUUUGUUUUAAAUACGGACAAUGCAACACAAAAUGCGAGAGAAUUGUUGCAACAAUUGUAUCGCGAGGUAUAUUUGGAGUAUGUAGUGAAGAAUCCUCUUUGUCAACUGAAUGAACCUAUUCAGAGUGAAUUGUUCAAGUUAAAAGUAGAUGAGUUAUUAAAAAAAUCACCAUUAUUUUUAAGCAGAUCAUUAUAGUCAAUGAAAUUAAAAAAUAUACUUGUAUAAUUAGAGUUAUAAGAUGUUAUUAUCAUAAAAAAAUUAUUUUUUUAUAGUACCUUAUUCAUUUUAUAUAUUUAUGUUAUAAUAUAUAAAUUACUUGCAUAAGAAAACUUAUUGAAAGUAAA